AUGGCUCGCGUUGACAACCAGACAUACAGCUUGAUGGGCAUCACGAAUCCCGGGGACAAGAUCCGUCCUGCCGUCGUCCGCACAGCCGAGUAUACUGCCACUCACUCAGUUUUUAAGCUUGCUGCCGGUCCAGUGGAUUUUACGUUAGACUUCUUCUCUCCGAUAUCCCCGUCCAACUACUUACGGCAGUCUCUUCCGUUCAGCUAUUUGACGGUCAAUGUCUCCGGGGCCGAUGCGAACAAUGUUCAGAUAUAUACGAGUAUUGAUGGAAGAUGGACCGGCGAAGCGCAGAACACUGUCUGCGAUUUUCGUCGAGAAGGAGACACCCUAGCCUAUGCUCUUAAAAUCAAGGAUGCGAUUCGCUAUGCAGAGAACAGUGACAUGGCUACUUGGGGAGAAGCAGUUCUCUCGUCUGUUCAGACUCCCAAGUCCAAGCUCUCCUUUUCCUCGGCUCGGCGCGGAGACGUGCACUCUCAAUUCGUAAACAAUGGCAAGCUAGCCACGAGCGACGAGCCCUGGGUUCCUGGCGGGGUUGUUGCGCUCUCUCAUGACCUUGGAAUUGUUAGUAGCGAGGAAUCAGUAAGUUUUGCAGUUGGCUACGUGAGAAAAGAGGCUAUCAACUACCUCGGAAAGCCGUACACAGGGUACUAUAGGGCCCGUUACCCCGACACAUACAAAGCGCUAUCUCACUUUUUCGAGGACUACCCAGCUGCGGUAGUUGAAUCAAAGGUUGUCGACGUUGAGAUGGCCGCUCAGGCAACUCUAGCAGGGGGUAGCAAGUACGCCGAUAUUGUCACGCUUUCGGCCCGUCAGGCUUGGGGUGGGAUUGACCUUACCAUUGCUGACGACUCACUCGAUACAAACGACGUACUGGCCUUUGUCAAGGAGCUGUCUAGCAAUGGUAAUAUUAACACUGUUGACGUUAUCAUGCCUGCAUUUCCAAUCUAUUACGUUAUGGACCCGGACUAUAUCCGCCUCCUGCUGGAACCGAUGAUGCGUUAUCUUGCGGCUGGACGUUGGCAGCUGCCAUAUACCAUCCACGACAUGGGCACGCACUAUCCAAAUGCCAUUGGACAUGAUGACCAGAAAGCGGAGCCAAUGCCUAUUGAGGAGUGCGGGAAUUUAAUGGUCCUUGUUUUGGCAUACUUAAGGGCAACGGGAGACGAAGCAUGGGUCGCCCAAUACAUCGACAUUCUGAAGAAGUAUGCAGACUACUUGGUUGAGAACAGCAUCGACAUCGAGUUGCAGCUGUCCUCCAAUGAUGCCGCCGGUCCUCUCGCCAACGAAACAAACCUCGCGAUAAAGGCAGCGGUCGGGCUCAAGGCAUUUGGUGAACUAAGCGGGUUCCGCGAGUAUUCGAGGAUAGGCGAAGAACGUGCGAACCUCUUCUUCAACCAAGGGCUUGGGACGGAUGAGGCAAAGACUCACUUCGUCCUGCAAUAUCCCAAUAAGCCUACCUCCUGGAAAACUCCAUACAACCUAUACCCAGAUGUAUUGUUUAAACUGGAAACGUUUCCCCAGGAAGCAUACCAGAUGGGAAAUACGUUCUUCAAAAGCGUCCGGGGAGAGUAUGGCGUUCCGCUGGAUAGCCGACAGGACUGGGCCAAGUCUGACUGGAACAUGUGGCUGGCAGGCACCUUUGCCAAUACAACCACUCGCUUUGAGUUUAUCGACGAUCUCUGGGCGUUUGUGUCCAAUGGUAAGCACAACUGGCCGUUCUCCGAUCGCUAUAUCGCCACAUCAGCACAGGGGCAUGAGCCUGGAGUUCCUGUUUUGUGCCGCGCGCGACCGACCGUUGGUGGCCAUUUCGCUUUGAUGGCAUUACAGGGACCUAAAUCUCUUCAAGUUGCAAUUGAAGGCAAGCUUGAGGAGGCAUUGGGCAAGACGUCUGGCGAGACCUCUGAAGUGAGAGAAGAUUUGUAG